GUACAAGCGUUGACAAUCAUUUUCUUCCUGUUGUGAGCAGCAGUGGUCGUGCUGCUUUUCUCCGAGAUUUGACAAGUACGUCGGCUAGGAAGUCGGUCAGUACAACUCCAAUAUGGCUACUCCCAUGUAUGCGAUUGCGUCAUGUCUCCUAUGCGUUCUCUAUUGCAUCUCAUCAGGUCAAGCUUCAACGGCUAGUUUACCGCAGUUGUUUUUGGUAGAAGGAAGGAACCAGUUUCAAGGAUGGCAAUAUAGGAGACUGUUUAUGCCGACCUAUGACAAAAAGACAUGGCAAGACGCCCUGAGGAUUUGCAUAAAGCGUGAUGCUGUGUUUAGUCAAAGUACCAAGCAGGUGGGUCUCUUGAGCCAGGAGUACCGGAGACGCGCACAAUCGACAUUCUUUUCGUACAUGUGGCGAUUCAGUCCCGACCUCUCCUACCCGUUUGCCACCAAUGGUGAAAACUCAAAAACAUCGGGCAAGCAUCAUGUCGCCUGCUUGGCAAAUAAAGCUGUAAAUUCGUGUAGCACUGAUUCAGACUGUCCGAUCAGCCUUGGCUACAGAUGCUUUCCGGCGGUUGUACCAGGUUCCAUCAAGAAGUGUGUGCGCACAUAUGACACUCCAGGAGAUGGCAAGUCUUUCUAUCGGUUGUUGACGACCAAUAAAACUCCCUACCAAGCAAAAGCAACCUGCAGAAGUUUGGGAAUGGGCUUACCCACCGUACAGGACCGAGCAAUUCUCAAGAGCUUCAAGUUGCAAGACCAACUGUUGAUAUUUAAUAGCGCUUGGCUGGGAAUGAACUCAAAUGGAGAAUUUAUAUUUAUCCAACGGCUUACCUUUUACAAAGAUGUGGUUGUGGAAGACUCUGAACCACUUUUAGGUGACAUCGUUCACUUUAUCUGUACAGGUUCGUACCGGAGAUGUCUUUCUAACAAUGAUUGUACUGGACAAAAAGCAUGCGUCUCGGUUGGGAAGUUCAAGAUCUGUGAAGAGGUGUGUUGGAAGGAUGAUGACUGCCCAACCGGCUACUACUGCUUUCCAGCCCUGAAGGCAGGAACAACGAACAAGUGUGUCCGUACGUACAAAACGCCAGCAAAUGGAAAUGGUCUCUAUCGCUUGCACAUAUCCACUGCCCUGUUCAACAGUCAAGCCAAGAAGACGUGCGAGGGCCUGGGCAUGUCGCUGCCAAAUCCUGAAAACGACGAUGCACUUCUUAACGAAAUAGAUCAGUUGGGUCAAAAUAAAUUCUGGCUUGGGUACGGCCCGGAUUCAGGUCGGUUUGAACUAAUCAACCGGCGUGGCCAAAUUUCUACCCACCAAACACACGAGUUGGUCUAUGAUCUUGUUCCAGAAUCUACAUCCACUGUCUUCUGUACAAGUUUCUACCGCAGAUGUCACUUUGACACUGAUUGUGCCACCUAUCAAACAUGUGUCGGUUUGGGAACUUUGAAAGUGUGCUUAACCGAACACACAACCUGCAGAACUUCGACGGGGAUUACUUCGCACUUGAUUGGACUAGACUUCGGCACUUUCACGUAUCCGGAAGCCGCUUCAAAGUGCCGGCAACUGAACUAUGAUUUGGUUCCGUUUGAAUUGUAUAACGCAAAUUAUCGUUGCAUUCACGCUAUGGCCUUUAGGAUGCUGGACAAACAAUCCACAAGGCUUAAAAUCGCGUUCUGGUACACUCCAUUUUCUACCCUUGAUUCUCACGUGAACAUUAUUCGCCUCCCGACUCCCAGGCCUGGGACGUUCUUCAAUGUCCCAAGACGAGAGGUUUCGAUUAUCUGCUCAAAGCCACAAUAACGUCAGAUGGGACGAUGGAGCUUGGUCGCGAGGUGUUCGUCACGUGAACUUAGCCACGCAGACAUUGAAAUGCACACCUGUUUCAAUGCAGUAUCUGGUAUAAUAAACUUUUUUUCUCAUUUCCGUUUGUUCUCUGCCACUUGUUUGUUCUUUUUAGCUCCAAGAAUGUAUGCAGCAUGCUUUUGUCUGGUUUUACCUCCCGCCAUAUGCCCUAGCCGUGGUCUUGGGGUUUCCCCUCCACUCUGGUGGUCUGGCUAAUAAUUACCAUCCACUUUAGGCAAAUACAACCGUUUUGCUGUCCAAUUUCGUUCUUUUUGAGUUUGUUAUGAUAACU